AUGGACGAGGAGCUUAAGCGUGACGAUAAGGUGUUCCUUAUUGGAGAAGAAGUCGCUCAAUACGAUGGCGCCUACAAGGUAUCCAAAGGACUUUGGAAGAAGUAUGGCGACGAUCGCGUUAUUGAUACUCCUAUCACUGAAAUGGGUUUUACAGGACUGGCCGUCGGUGCUGCAUUCGCUGGUCUUCGUCCAAUUUGCGAGUUCAUGACAUUUAACUUUUCUAUGCAAGCUAUUGACCAGAUCAUUAACUCGGCUGCUAAAACCUACUACAUGUCAGCUGGGCGGGUUCCAUGUCCCAUAGUAUUCCGUGGUUGCAACGGUGCUGCUGCCGGUGUUGCUGCUCAACAUUCCCAGGAUUUUUCGGCGUGGUUCGCUCAUUGUCCAGGAUUGAAGGUAAACUUUUGUUAG